AUGUGGGAUUCCCUGCAGCGGGCUCUUGAUACAGUUAGUGUGGGAUACGACCGAAUUGCGGUGAUCGACCUACUCCAGCGUGCCGGCAAGGUGCCCUCGGAGGAAGAACAAGCCUUCGUGGAUAACUUCGACGCGGCCCAGGGAGAGUUAGAUGAGAAGAUCCCGAUACUCUCCCGGUGGAUUUCUAGAUUGGAGGCGCGGGAGCGCCAGGCCUUCUGUGACCUCAACCCAGAGGUCGUUGGCCGUUACAAUAUCCUUGUGGCUCCGGAUCCAGACCGGAGUCACAUCAAUAAUUAA